UCAAAAUUGUUUUUAUCUUUAAAUAAUUUCAAAAAAAAACACAUACAGAAACAUUUAAAAGUUGCAGAUGAACCAAAUUUAUGUUAGUGUCCUUGUACUCUUAACACCAGCAAAAUGAGUUUCUUUAGGACCCUCAACUGGGGAUUUAACCGACUGACAACCAUGGCCAAGACACCUCAAAGGAAGAGCGAGCCCAGUCUGGAGCAGCACCAACAACGCCAAAGCUCUACACAUGACACAAUUCGAAUGCCGCUGGAUAUUGUUUUCUCAGCCAAGCACAAUAAGGCCCUGGCCUUUACUUUGGAAGAACGUCAGCGGUUGAACAUCCAUGGCCUUCUGCCCGCCUCCGUCCGCUCGUGUCGGGAUCAGAUGUACGCCAUCGAGACCAACUUCCAUUCGUUUAAGACAAACGUGGAGAAAUAUCGCUACUUGAGGACCAUGCGACAAAGCAACGAGCGGAUGUACUUCCAGUUUGUGUGCGAUCACAUAGCCAUGGUCCUGCCCAUUAUAUACACACCCACAGUGGGCGUGGCCUGCACUCUCUACGGCAUGCUGUACCGGGAAAUAACUGGCUUGUAUAUAACCAAGCACGAUCGUGGCCAUAUGAAGCAAGUCCUUUCAAAUUGGCCGAAAUGUAAGGAAAUUUGGGCCAUCUGCGUGACCGAUGGCGAACGUAUCCUGGGCCUGGGCGAUCUUGGUGCCAAUGGAAUGGGCAUAGCCAUUGGGAAAAUGGACCUGUACACAGCCUUGGCCUGCAUUCCACCGUGUAAACUAAUGCCCAUUUGCUUGGAUGUGGGCACCGAGAAUCCCGUACUCCACGAGGAUCCCCUCUAUAUUGGACUGCGUGAAAAGCGGCUAAAGGGGCAGGAGUACGAUGACUUCAUCGACGAGUUCAUGCAGUCGGUGGUAGAGACCUUCGGCCAACGGACCCUCAUCCACUUCGAGGAUUUUUCCACACCCAAUGCCUUUAAGUUCUUGAAAAAGUAUCGGAAUAGCUAUUGCGCCUUCAAUGACGACAUCCAGGGCACGGCAGCUGUGGGCGUGGCCGGACUGCUUGGCAUCCAGCGAAUAACAAAGAAGCCACUGGAGGAGCACGUCAUCUUAUUCGUGGGAGCAGGCAGCGCCGCCAUGGGUAUAUGUGGUUUGCUCAAGAAGGAGCUGAUGUCCCGGGGGCUUAGCGAACAGGAGAUCACAAAGAAUAUAUACAUCUGCGACCAAGAAGGCCUGAUAACCAAGGAGAGAAAGAACGUGACGGAUGAUAUUAAGCCGUUCGCCAAGGAUAUGCAGCCAAUAAAGUCCCUGGAGGAGGUGGUGGACAAGUUCAAGCCCUCGAUAAUAAUGGGUGCCACCUCGGCGGCCGGAAUUUUCACCGAAAAAAUCAUAAGAAGUAUGGCCGCGAACCACGAGCGUCCGGGCAUCUUUGCCUUUUCCAAUCCCACCAACAAGUCGGAGUGCACUGCCGAACAGGCCUACAAAUUCUCGGAGGGUCGCGCCAUUUAUUCAGCGGGUUCACCUUUUCCGCCGGUGGAGUUCAAUGGCAAACGCCUUACUCCCGGUCAGGCCAACAACUGCCUUGCUUUUCCCGGUGUGGUCUUGGGAGUCCUCACAGCCUUGCCCCGUACAAUUCCCGACGAGAUCUAUUUGGUUGCCGCCCACGAGCUAUCCAAGUUCCCCUCGGACAAGGACCUGGAGAAUGGAAAUAUCUACCCGAUGGUGGAGCAGGCCAAGGAUGUGGCCUGCAAAAUUGCCUAUGAGGUGGCCAAGUAUAUAUUUGAUAAAGGUCUAUCGCAAACAUCUCCGCCGCCCAAGGAUCUCUGCGAAUUAUUGCUAAGUAACACUUAUGAACUGGAGCAUGGCAGCUCUCUGGCCGAGACUUGGUCAUAUCCUAAUGUAAAGCCAAAUCCCAGUCCUGACGAGCAAAAGAAGAAGCUUCCAGAGAAGAAAAAGUAGGCCACUCUCAGAAUGUGAAAUUGUUUUUUGGUUUUCUAUUUUUUAAAAUUCGUACGUACAAAUUUCUAAUUAAAAAAAAAUCCAACAAAA